AAUGUCGGAGAUCAGUGACGCCGAAAAGGUCCGCAUUGCUUCGGAUUUCAUUAAACACGCGCCACCCGGCGAGUUCAACGAGGUAUUCAAUUCGGUUCGGAUGCUUUUGGAAAAUGAUGAUCUUCUGAAGAACAAAUGUGUUAAUGCUAUCGCUCAAUAUAACGUUGGACAAUUUGUGCCAGUAAAGUUGGAUGGUGUUGCCAAGCAGACUCUGAUCACUCCAUACAAUGAUUUGGGUAAUGGACGUUUCUACGAUGAAGUUUCAAAGAAAAGUUUCAAAUACGAUCACGUCCGUAAAGAGGCCGCAGAUCUUCAACCACAUCCAGCCGAGUCUGGAAUAACCGAACAAUGGCGUCAAGCUCUUCAAACUCAACUCGAUAUAUAUAUUGAUGAUCAUUACGCGAAAAGUGGAACGGGAGUGGUUUUUGCUCGAAACGGAGUUUUCACGAUUUGCAUCGAAUCUCAUCAAUUCCAGCCAAAAAAUUUCUGUAACGGAAGAUGGCGUUCGGAGUGGAAUGUGCCGGUUGGCGAUGGUAAAUCAGGAUCUCAGGAGAUGAAAGGAAAAAUUUUGUCGCAAGUUCAUUAUUACGAAGACGGAAACGUGCAGUUGUUCUCUGAGAAAGAGCCGGUUCUUAAAGUCAAUGUUUCGGCUGACUUCGACAAAACCGCCAAAGAAAUAAUUCAUGCCAUUUCCGAGGAAGAGACUAUAUAUCAGAAUGCUGUACAAGAGAAUUACGCUAAUAUGUCUGAUACCACAUUCAAAGCACUUCGUCGCCAAUUGCCAGUUACUCGCGCUAAGAUGGACUGGAAUAAGGCUCAAACCUACCGAAUUGGUCAGGAAAUGAAGUAAUCACAAAAUCGUUAUCACAUCGCUUUGCUUCAAGUUCGUCUGCUGGUCUUCAUCAUCUUCCUAAUCCUCUCCAAAAACCAAAAAAUCCUCCAAUUUCGACCUUUAUUUCUCCCACUUUCCUUUAUCCUUUGGCCGGACACUAGACGUGCUUUACAACAUAAUACCCUUCGUUUGCUCCGCUGCUUCUUUUUUCAUGAUUUGAUAAUUUGUAUCAUCUAUGUAUCUAAUUUUAUUGUAUGGUAUGAUUCAUUUUUCAAUUAUAUAUUAUUUGUGUGUGUGUG